UUCACCUUCCCAAUUAAACUUUUAUUGCCAACUUGACAUUUUAGUGUAAAAUUGAAAUUUUAUAUGAAAAUUGGUGAAAUCGUUUAAAAAAGAUGUUUGCAAACGAUUUUCAAUCAAUGGAUGCAGGAUACAUUCCGGAAGUACGUAAAAAAGAAAACUCAAGCAAUUUCAACUUAACUGAGAAUUCAUCGUCUGGAGAAAUUAUUAUUCCACAGUUUAUGAAAUAUCCAAAUGAAAAGGAGAAUCCUACAUAUCGGAUGUGGUCUCAACUUUAUACCCCUGAGUAUUUGGUGGCAGUUUUGGGAAUUUCGUUCCUCAUCUUGAUGCUGGCUGCCGGAUAUUCUGUGUAUAGAAGAAGGAAACGUAGGAGGAGUUCGUACCAGCCUUUCUUAAGCCUUCACUCCUCUGUACCCAAAAUCUCUAAGCCAACUGAUCCCAUUGUUUACAACUAUGUAUGCACUCAAAAACCAGUUGAUUUCGUUGUACCAAGUGCUCCUGUAACAACCCUACCAAGUCCUGUAGACCCUGCAGUGACAGCAAAUUCCAUCGAAAGUGCUGGCGCUCUGUGUACAAAGUUGUCUCAGUUAGAAGGAGGUCCUACUUUACUGGGAGGUUUAAAUCCAGAAAUAUACAAAUCUGUCCCAGAGGAGAAGUCAGAGGAAGACAAUUUCCCUGAAAAUCACAUCGGUCGUCUUUGGUUCGGAGUUGAGUAUGAUGUUGCCACUGAAAGACUGAUUGUUCGAUUAGUAAAAGCUAAAAAUAUUCCAAGCAGAGUAUAUGGGGCUGUCAACUGCUGUGAUCCUUUCGUAAGGAUCUAUCUUAUGCCUGAUGAACGAAGAUAUUUACAGUCCAGACCUAAAAAGAAAACAUGUAACCCUAAAUUUGAUGAAACUUUUCUAUUUCAGCUUCCCAACCGAUCAAUAAGUGAAAGAACCCUUAAGUUCACAGUCUUCGAUAACGACAGGGGCAAACACCACAAUCCGAUCGGGCAUGUCUUACUACCCCUCAAGGAAUUCUUUGACUCGGAGAACCAUACUCAAAUUCAGUGGCGCGAUUUGGAGAAAAAAGAAACUCAAGUCCCAUGUGACCUGGGGGAGAUGAUGCUCAGUCUUUGCUACAACCAGAAUCUAGAACGCCUUAUAGUGACUGUCUGUGAAGCCAAGAGUCUCAGAAUGCCCGCUGGAUUCAAGCAACUCGAUACUGUGGCUCGUAUAACAUUCAUGCGAGAGAACAAAGUAGUAAAGACUAAGAAAACAAUGGUUUGCAAGAACAGUUGUGAUCCCAAAUACAACGAAUCAUUCCAUUUCAAGAUGUCCAAAAAUUCGAUCAACUUGUGCAGCAUCACCAUACAGAUACUUCAAGCAGGGAUAAAAGACAAAACUCGCUGCCUGGGUCGAAUUGUUUUGGGUCCUUACAUGUUCUCCCGUGGAAAAGGCCUUGACCAUUGGGAAGAGGCAAUGGCAGCUGGACACAAGCAAAUUCGUUAUUGGCAUAAGCUUAGCUGAAGAGAAGAGCAUAUUGGAUUCUUGUAGACUAUGAAGGAAAAGAAUAUUUAUUCAUAUUAAUAUUAAUAGUUUAUGAGCAACUUACGUCUAAGUUAAAAUUUAAAGCUUUUUUGUCAUAACUACUGUAAGAAAAAUAAUUUUGUAACUGCCUUACAGGCAUUUAGCUUUUUAGAAAUAACUAAUAUAAGAUAUAAGUUAAAUGUUGUAAGUCAACAACAUGUAAAUAAAUGUUGUUGUUGUUCUGAGUCAACGGCAUAUAAAUAAAUGUUGUUAUAAAUCAACAUUCAAAAAAGGUUGUCGAAAAGGUUGUCGAUAUUAGGCUAGUGAAAACAUUUUUCCCUUACCCGUUCUAGUUCACGUGAGCUGGAAUAAACUAAAAGCACAUUUGAUUUAAAUCUCAAUUAUUCGUUUAAAUGUUCCAAAAUUUUCCUUUAAAAGAAAAUUUUAA